AUCUCUCUUCAGGAUUCCAACCCCCUUCAAUCCAACAUCAUCAAAAUAAUCUACUUCACCUUCUCCUCCUAAGGCUUGAUUCCUGAAGAUUUCCACCCAGAUUCAAGCCAUGCAGCCUAGUGAGGUUACAGGACUCCAUUAUCUAGUUCCCUCAAACACAUCCCCAUAUUCAGCUUAUUUUAGCAUGACUCAGAAUAACUCGCCCACAUUUCAAUUUAACAGAUUCACCAAUCCGCAAAAUUUCCAGAUUUUUCCUCAGGUUCAAGAAUUCAGUCUACAAUCAUCAAGCCUAAGCAACAACUCAACUUCUGAUGAAGCAGAUGAGCAACAGCUCUCCCUUAUCAACGAGAGAAAACAAAGAAGGAUGAUAUCUAAUAGAGAAUCCGCUCGCCGGUCACGCAUGCGGAAGCAGAAACACCUAGAUGAACUCUGGUCACAAGUGGUUUGGCUCCGAAAUGAGAAUCACCAGCUCAUAGAUAAGCUGAACCAUGUCUCAGAGUGUCAUGACAGGGUUCUUCAAGAAAACGCUAAACUCAAAGAAGAAGCCUCAGAACUACAGCAAAUGCUUAGUGACAUGCAAUUGAAUAGCCCUUAUGCUACUUUGAGGGACCUGGAAGACAUCCCUGUAAUACAGCUUAUCUCAGAGCCGAGUCCUCAAACCAGUCUAUCACUAGGUCUACAGAUUUGCUAG